AAUUUUGCUUGGCAACACUGUUCGCUGUUAUGUAGUUUAAGCAAUUCGACCUGGUAAACGUAAAUAUUACUUGAUUCAUAUAUUUGGUCGGAAUUUUGUUGGUGAAGUUUUUAUUUAAAAAUGGUCAGCUGGAGUAAUUUUUUACGUCCAGCAGCAAAUUUUGCUAAAUAUCGUGCUGCCCUGCCUACAUCUGCCAUGAAAAAUGCUGUACAAAUGCAAUUGCGUCAAAUGAGUGGCGGUCAUGACCACAUGAUUGUGAAGCCAUCGCGUUUUCAAUGGGAUAAAUUUAAAGAUUUAUUGCACUUUUAUACGAUGAUCGGUCUGGGACCCAUUAUCGGUAUUGUUUUGUAUUGUAACAUCUUCAUUGGUCCGGCUCAACUGGAACCCAUUCCCGACAAUUAUGAACCAAAGCAUUGGGAAUACCACAAGCACCCAAUAUCCCGUUUUAUAUCUCGUUACUUACAUCCCAGCCCACAGCAGGAAUAUGAGAAACAUUUACAUCAUUUGUUUGAAGAAAAUGAAAAGAGUCAAAUCAGAUUACUUGAAGAUAAAAUACGUGCCAAAAUGUCGGAACGUAAUGAUUAUCAAGCUUACUACUACCGGCCCGUCAUUGCUAAAUAUCAUAGAAUUUCUAAACAAGCGGCUGACGACUUGGAAGAACUGCGUGGCGAUAUCUAAACUCUAAGAAACGUAGGUUUUUGAAUAUAUCAGCAACAUCUAUGUAAUUCUUUUAAAGAACUGUAAAGAAGAUUUCAUUAAAGCAUUGCAAACAAAAA